AAUAUCUGGUUUUCUAAAUAGUUUUGGACAUGGAUACAGUUUGGAUCUGUUAUCCGGUUAUUUUGUGCACCCUCACCACAAGGUAUCAAAUAGUACACCCCUCCCACUCUCUCUAACCCUUCACCCAAUUUUGUUUUCAAUUUUUCUUAUUUUCAAUGGCAACGCGCGAAGAAGCCAAAAUCAAUGGCGCGCGUACGGAAACCCUAAUUACAAUUUCAAACAACACGACCGCCGGAAUCAGAGGUUCCCCCGACGACUUCGGACGAGCCACGGCUAAGCUCGCAGUGGCGCAGCUCUGCGAAGCCACAGGAUUUCACAGCGUCAAAGACUCGGCUCUCGAAUCUUUCGCCGACAUCGUAAUCCGUUAUCUCAUCGAUUUCGGUAAAACGGCAGAGUUUCACGCUAACCUUGCCGGCAGAUCACAAUGCAACGUAUUCGAUAUAACUCGAGCAUGGGAAGACUUAGAAGCACCUCGAGGGUUUUCAAACGGAAUGAGAGAAAUUAUGAAUUACGCUGAAUCUAUGCCUGAAACUCCGUUUGCUCAACCGAUUCCAAAUUUUCCGGUGAUUCGUGAACGGAGAAACAUUCCGAGUUUUGUACAAAUGGGUGAAACUCCACCGUCGAAACAUAUACCACCGUGGUUACCGGCAUUACCUGAUCCUCACACUUAUAUUCAUACACCUGUGUGGGAUGAAAGAGUUUCUGAUCCACGUGAAGAUAAAAUUGAACAAGCUAGACAGCGUAGAAAGGCUGAGAGAUCAUUGUUGAGUUUACAGAAACGGUUAUUGUUGUGUAACAAUAACCGUAACCCUAACCGUAACGGUUCCACAGGAACAACAACAACAAUACCAAGUAAUUCAGCUAUUGGUGAUGUAAAUGAAGAUGCAGAUGUGAAUAUGAAUGUUUCUCCGGUUGUUUUGCCAGCAAAGCUUUCGGUUAUUGAUGGAGAUCGUGUUUCGGUGUUGGAGGCGUUUGCACCUGCAAUUGAGAUGCUAGGGAAUGGUGGUCUUUGUGAUGAAGGAUUUGAAGGGGAAAAGAUGGUUCUUCCUGCUGUUACAGAAAGGCCUACUGUGCAUUUCAAGUUCAGAACUGGGAAGAAGUUUAUUAGGGAAUCUUUGGAUGAUAGAAAUCGGAAGAAGGCUUUGCACGCGAUAUUGUUGGUUGGUAGAGAAGAUGAGAGAGAUGAUAAGAAAAGGAGGGCUGAGUAUAUUCUCAGACAGUCUAUGGAAAAUCCACAAGAACUGACUCUGUUGUAGAUUUUGUUAUUUUGUUACAUUGAAGUUUGCAUUAUUUGUAGGUUCUGAGUCUGAAGUUAAGGGCUUGCCGAUUUUCUGGUGAGGAUUUUGUGACUUACCUGUAGAAUUAAGAAUUCACCCUUGCCGAGUUUUAGAGCUGUUGAAUUUGUUUCCUUUUAUUGCUGGUAUAGCUUUAGUUUGCGUAAAUAUUUUUGAACAUAAAAUUAUUUGAUUAUUGUAAUAUUGAGAACUAAGUCUCGAUAGCAUCUAUAUCAGGCAAAGUUGGAUAUACUUCCUUGGUGAUGGAAAUGUAACCUAGUGAUUUCUGUGAGAUUUUAUACCCGAUACAGGCUGCUUUUUCCGUUAA